AUGGCUUAUACCUGCGAUGCAUCUAUGGCGCUGAGGCUAAGAGGUGCUUACGAGAGGUUCAUUGUGGCAAUUGUGGUUCUCACCAAGCUGGUCCAAAGAUGCGAUGGCUCAUUCGCCGAUAUGGUAUGGCAUUCAAGAGUGUUUGGUAGCAGACAGGGGGCAGGUUUCAUGGCUGAAAGGACUCAGAAGUUCUUAGCUGGCUAUGAGAUCAAGUUUAUGCAUUCCAGUCCUUAUUAUGCUCAAGCGAAUGGUCAAGCAGAAGCUAGCAACCCCGUCAUUAUGUCUAUACUCAAACUAAUGUUGGAUGCAAAUCCACGAUCUUGGCAUACAGAGUUGGAUCACACGUUAUGGGCUUAUCGCACUUCCAAACGCACUCCAACGGGCACUACGCCUUAUGCUUUGAUGUAUGGGCAUGAUGCAGUAUUUCCUAUUGAAAUUAAUGUUCAGUCACUGAGGGUUCGCGAGCAGCACCAGUUGAUUGGUGAGGACUAUGUUCAAGCUAUGUAUCAAGAGAAUGAAGACUUGGACUCUCGACGGAUGGAAGCUCUCGACAGCCUUAUUGCAGAAAAGAAAAAGAUAGCACGGCUAUAUGACAAACGCACAAGAGGAUGCAGCUUUGGAGUUGGGGACUUAGUUUGGAAAGCUUGUUUGCCUUAUGGUGAGCGAGUUGAUGGUCAUGGUAAAUGGUCCGCCAAAUGGGAAUGUUCUUUUGUGAUUGAUCGAAUAAUGGGCAAAGGCGGUUACUACCUUCGCGACACUGGUGGGAAUGUUCACAGAAAUCCCAUGAACGGUCACCAUCUUAAGAAGUACUUUCCUAGUGUUUGGGAGUAUGAAGACCCACCGGAAGCGGUGCAAGCAAAAUAA